AUGUCGAUUGUUGUGGACGUAGAAGAGGUCAAUAGAUUAUCGGAUCUGAUAGCUCAAGAUGGAAAUGUUAGUGAGAGUUUGAGUACUAUGACUCAAGAUGAGAAUAUCUAUGAGAGAUUGAAGAAGGCGGCUCAAGAUGGGGAUAUCGAAAGACUCUACGAGUUGAUUGCAGAAGAUCCAAACAUUCUAGGACACUUUGAUGAAGUGCCUUUUUGUGAGACGCCACUCCACAUUGCAGCCGAGAAAGGGCAAACUCAUUUUGCCAUGGAGUUAAUGACUCUUAAGCCGUCGCUUGCUCUGAAGCUAAACACAUCAGGUUUCAGCCCAAUGCAUUUAGCUCUGCAAAACAACCAUACUCGCAUGGUGAGAAGGUUUAUAGCCAUUGAUAGCAGCUUAGUCAGCAUCAAAGGAAGAGGAAGGAUAACUCCUUUGCAUCAUGUGGCUCGUAUAGGUGAUGCAGAGUUGUUGAGUGAGUUCUUGUUUGCUUGUCCUUCUUCUGUAGAGGAUUUGACGAUAAAGUGUGAGAUGGCUGUGCACGUUGCUGUGAAGAACCACCAGAUUGAAGUAUUUAAGGUUCUAUUGGGAUGGCUCAAGAGAGAAAACAGGGAGGAAAUCUUGGACUGGAAGGAUGAAGAUGGUAACACAGUCUUCCAUAUUGCUGCAUUAAAUAAUCAAACCGAGGUUAUGAAGUUACUACGUGGAACCGUUAAAUUAAGAGCCAAGAACUUGGAUGGUCAAACCGCGAGGGACAUACUCUCUACUCUUUCCCCUGCCGCAACCAGCCUAUUCCAGAGGGCUGACCCAAGACUAUUCUUUCGACUUUUUGGAAGCACAACAACUCUUGCGGGAUAUUUGCACAAGAAACCAUCGUAUAUCGAAAAAUGGAACAAUCUCUUUGGGCUGACGAAUCUGAUGAGCAACACUAGACACAGAUCACUAAAUAGUAACGAUAGCCGCACUGUGAUACUUGUGGUGGCUAUACUGAUAGUAACCACUACAUACCAGGCUAGUCUUAAUCCUCCUGGCGGGUUUUGGCAAGAAGAUUCCUCAAAUCCCAAAGAUGACGAUGGUCACUAUGCUGGGCAGAUAAUAAUGCGUUCUCGCAAUGCCUUAUAUUUUCUUGUCCUCAACGGAAUUGCCUUCUUUUUAUCUCUCUCUGUGAUCAUGAUCCUCACAGUCGGACUCCCCAUGUGGAAGGUCCUCUACUUAUCCACAGCAGCUCUAGGGUUUGCUAUUUCGGCAUCCUUCUACGUUUCAUUACCAAAUACACCUAGCUCCUUACAAACUAUCGUCAAGCUUGUCUUCGUUUCGGGAUACCCAGUGAUUACAGCAGUUGUAGUAUGUGCUCCUCUCACGGAAUUCUUGCGCAAUACACUUCGUCGGGCCCAAGUGGACUUCCCCGCAAGGUACUUCACCUCACCUCAUGAGCUAUCGUGA